AACAAGUAGCGUGGUGGGGGAUCCCCUACUCGCGAAUGUUGAUCGCCGAAGCGUUCGGCGAAUUUCACUAAAAACUCUCGCGUCGAAUUUACGUCGGAAUUGUGCGCGUCUCUUGGCCCUGUUGACGAUCGCUCGUCCAGCCGGAUUUCUCGCUUAUUUCGUUAGAAUCGUGUCGCGUUGUCGCGGCCCUGUGUCACGCUGUGUAACAGAGGGAAACGGAUACCCCGCUAUAAUGGCAUUGUUGUGAUAGCGCCACUCUCUAGAUAUCUAGAUAUAUAUACAUAGCCUACGAAGCGCUCGGCAGGGAGGAGUGAAGGUGGAAGGUGGAGGUGGGAAAAGGCGCGAUAAAGAAAGAAAAUAUAUAUGUCAGGAUGGAACAGAGUGAGAAAGAAGACACGUAGAGGAUCCGGAAGAGUGGAGGCUCGCUAGCUCGCGCGCGCUCGAACCUCCGUUCAUUCACGGUCAGAACGACGUACAUUGUCGUUGCUGUUGCUGCUGCUAUACUGCUGAUCGUCGUUGUCCGUCGUCGUCGUCGUCGUUGUCGUCGUUGUCAAUUUUGUCGUCGUAUCCCUCUUGUGUCGUUCAGUGCCACAUCAAAGUUUACCAUCACCGUCACGCGUGGCAACGUUUGCGCGACGAACAGUGCUAGAAGAUAAUUUCCUUCUUUUUCUCUUUUCCUCUCUCUCUUCUCUCUCUCUCUCUCUCUUCUCUCUCUCUCUUUUCCUCUUUUCCUCUCUCUUUUUUAUUUUUCUUUCACCAGUGAAUCAUACGUUUUCUCGCGAGUGCAACAAUGUAGUUUACUUCCUCCGUUCUUCUCUUUCCCCCUUCUUCCCUUAAUUUUCUCCUUCUCUCUCUUUUUCUUUCUCUCUCUCUCUCUCUCUCUUUCUCUCUUCCCCCUCUCUCUAUCUCUCUCUCUUUCUCUCACUUAGUUUCAAGUGAAAAAUCGAAAGAAAAUGAAACUCGGCACGUGAAAGACCCGGUGAAAGAAGAAGAAGAAGAAGGAAAAGAAAGACAGGAUCUUAUGAAAAGAAAAGAAAAAAAAGAAAGAAAAAAAAAAGAAUAAACGUGACCAAAUUGUUGUUGGCGCGAACGCACCUGGUUCGAUGUGCUUGUGUGUAUUCUCUUACGAGUUAUAUCUACGUCGAAGACGAACGCAUUAGUUGUUUACGGGGGGAAAAAAAAAAAAAAGAAGAAGAAAAUAUAUCAAAGAAGCAUCAUGGCUCAAAUGGAGCAACAACUACCUAUACCUAUGCCGGAUUUAAGUACUCUUCGUAUAACAACUGCAGUUUCUAUGCUUGGUAAAGCAUAUGGAUGCGGACAGUGUAGUGCUCCCCCACCUGGACCAACAACAAGUACUUCUGUUGGAACGGCCGGAGCAACUGGGAGCAAUGUCGUUGCUCCUAGUUCUUUGGGCCUUGUUCCUGCACAACAAACACAUACUCCGCCUCAACCUCCAGAACUGCCAAUGUUUUCAUGCCCACGAAGGCCCAACAUAGGUCGUGAAGGUAGACCAAUUGGAUUGAGAGCAAAUCAUUUUCAAAUUACUAUGCCACGAGGCUAUGUGCAUCAUUAUGAAAUUAAUAUACAACCUGAUAAAUGCCCUCGCAAAGUCAAUAGGGAAAUCAUAGAAACAAUGGUACAUGCAUAUAGCAAGAUUUUUGGAACUCUUAAACCUGUGUUUGAUGGAAGAAAUAACUUGUAUACAAGGGACCCUUUGCCUAUUGGAACUGAUAAAAUAGACUUAGAGGUAACACUGCCUGGUGAGGGUAAAGAUCGAGUUUUCAGAGUGGUAAUAAAAUGGGUAGCUCAGGUUUCAUUAUUUGCCUUAGAAGAAGCACUCGAAGGACGUACAAGACAAAUUCCAUAUGAUGCUAUUCUUGCAUUAGAUGUUGUAAUGAGACAUUUACCAUCAAUGACUUACACACCAGUAGGUAGAUCAUUUUUCAGUAGUCCGGAUGGAUAUUAUCAUCCAUUGGGUGGAGGCAGAGAAGUAUGGUUUGGCUUUCAUCAAUCUGUAAGACCAUCUCAAUGGAAAAUGAUGUUAAAUAUUGAUGUUUCUGCAACUGCAUUUUAUAAAGCUCAACCUGUCAUAGAAUUUAUGUGCGAAGUAUUAGAUAUUAGAGAUGUAAACGAACAAAGGAAACCACUCACAGAUUCUCAACGAGUGAAAUUUACCAAAGAAAUCAAAGGGCUCAAAAUAGAAAUAACUCAUUGCGGAACAAUGAGACGAAAAUAUAGAGUAUGCAAUGUUACACGUAAACCGGCACAAAUGCAAUCAUUUCCAUUGCAAUUGGAAAAUGGACAAACUGUUGAAUGUACAGUUGCAAAAUACUUUUUGGAUAAAUAUAAAAUGAAAUUACGUUAUUCGCAUCUUCCUUGUUUGCAAGUAGGCCAGGAACAUAAACACACGUACCUGCCACUUGAGGUUUGUAAUAUAGUAGCAGGACAACGUUGUAUAAAAAAAUUAACAGAUAUGCAGACGUCUACUAUGAUAAAAGCAACAGCACGUUCAGCACCAGAUCGUGAACGAGAAAUUAAUAAUUUAGUAAGGCGAGCUGACUUCAAUAAUGAUUCUUAUGUUCAAGAAUUUGGAUUGAGUAUAUCAAAUAAUAUGAUGGAAGUUCGAGGUCGUGUAUUACCUCCACCCAAAUUACAGUACGGAGGGCGCGUAAGUUCCCUCAGUGGACAGACGAAACAACAAGCAAUGCCCAAUCAAGGCGUUUGGGAUAUGCGAGGUAAACAGUUCUUCACGGGAGUUGAGAUUAGAGUAUGGGCUAUUGCUUGCUUUGCACCGCAAAGAACAGUACGAGAAGACGCGUUACGUACAUUCACUACACAAUUGCAAAAAAUCAGUAACGAUGCUGGAAUGCCAAUUAUUGGACAACCAUGUUUCUGUAAAUAUGCUACUGGGCCAGAUCAAGUUGAACCUAUGUUUCGGUAUCUAAAAUCGACUUUCCAAGCAUUGCAAUUAGUGUGUGUUGUGCUACCCGGGAAAACUCCUGUAUAUGCUGAAGUCAAAAGAGUAGGAGAUACGUUACUCGGUAUGGCAACUCAAUGUGUACAGGCAAAGAAUGUCAAUAAGACCUCUCCUCAAACUUUAUCAAAUUUGUGUUUGAAGAUUAAUGUGAAAUUAGGUGGCAUCAAUAGCAUUCUAGUACCAAGUAUUAGACCAAAAGUGUUUAACGAGCCUGUUAUAUUUUUGGGAGCAGAUGUAACUCAUCCUCCCGCUGGAGAUAAUAAAAAACCUAGUAUAGCUGCUGUAGUAGGUAGUAUGGAUGCUCAUCCAUCAAGGUAUGCAGCUACGGUUAGGGUACAACAACAUAGACAAGAAAUUAUACAGGAACUCAGUUCAAUGGUUAGGGAACUUCUUGUUAUGUUUUAUAAAAGUACUGGAGGAUAUAAACCACAUAGAAUAAUUCUCUAUCGCGAUGGUGUUUCGGAAGGACAAUUUCUUCACGUUCUACAACAUGAAUUAACUGCCAUUCGUGAAGCUUGUAUCAAACUUGAAGCUGAUUAUAGGCCUGGCAUUACUUUCAUUGUAGUUCAAAAAAGACAUCACACUCGUUUGUUCUGUGCAGAUAAAAAGGAACAAAGUGGUAAAAGUGGCAAUAUUCCGGCUGGUACAACGGUUGACGUUUGUAUAACUCAUCCAACAGAAUUUGAUUUCUAUCUUUGCAGUCACCAAGGUAUUCAGGGAACAUCUAGACCAUCUCAUUAUCACGUUCUCUGGGAUGACAAUCACUUUGAGAGUGAUGAAUUGCAAUGUCUCACUUAUCAAUUAUGUCAUACGUAUGUAAGGUGUACAAGAUCCGUUAGUAUACCAGCACCAGCUUAUUAUGCCCAUCUUGUGGCAUUCAGAGCUAGAUAUCACCUAGUAGAAAAGGAACACGAUAGCGGGGAAGGAUCUCAUCAAUCAGGCUGUAGCGAAGAUAGGACACCAGGUGCAAUGGCACGAGCUAUUACUGUUCAUGCAGACACAAAAAGAGUUAUGUACUUCGCAUAAUUCUAUCGAUGUUGUUUUCUAUAAAAAUUGAAGCACUACAUAAUGAUAAUCAUCAUAUCUUGGACAUAGGAAACAAUUCUAGACUACUUAAAUGUUAAACGAUCUUCUUGAGUGGUCAAUUUUUUUUUACUUUUAUAAUUAUAAUAAGUCUAUCCAAAAGCACUGAUAUAAAAGUGGGACAUCAAUAUUUUGAGUUCCACAUAAAAGUAGUGAUUGGAUAGACUUUCAAAAUCAUUUAGAAAGUAAGUUUUAAAGCAGGUGCUUUUAGUUAAUCAUGUUUUAAAGUAGAGUGGAGCAUUUUGCAGCUUAGCCGAUUGGUUGUUGCAUGGAAAAGUUCACUUAGACAAUUAAUAAUUAAAAAAUCGGCUGCAACGCACAUUACGCUUAUUUUUUUAGAGGUCUUAGUAUCUCUUGCAUUUGUAUGAUAUAAAUGAUCAUAUUGCUGGAUAAAAUUACAGUUAUAUAGAUCGCUUUAUGCGAGACUGUUAUACGUUUGAAUAUCAUUUGAUAUGAAUUGAAUUUACCAAUCUAUGGAGUUUUUAGAUUGAACGAUAAUGCGAUUACUAUGCUGAAGAGAUCUUAUAAAGAUAUGAUGAUGUAUGUAAGAUUACGUUUAUCAUCCAGCGUGGGCGCGAGGUUUGCGUUCUAAAACAAUUAAGCAAUGAUAAAUGCAUUAGUAAAUAAAAAUCGAACGUAGAAAAGAAUUUAUUUAAGGAAUAGAGGACAAGAGAGUCCAGGCAGCGUCAGAGAAGAAGGAGCAGCUUUAGAGUGCGAACCUCUGAGACCUACAAGAAAUUUUGAAUAUAUAAAAAUUUAAAAAAAAAAAAAAGUUGGCCACUUCAAGUUAUGAAGUUUGAAUGAAAGGAUAAAAUAUUAAACGAAUAAAUUGUGUAAAUGUUAAUUGCCAAUAACUCUUCAAGCCAAUGGCCAAAGUAAGUUAGAGAUUUACUAGAGUCAAAUUGAAAGUGAUAAUUAUGAUGAAACAAUUUGUUAUGUAAUCCCUAUAGUGUCAGAAAUCACAUUGUGCCACAUCUAACUAAUAACAUGCUGCUAUCUUUUAUAUGGCAUAAUUUUGAUCAGUCUAAAUCUAAUGUCACCGUUCACAGUGAUUAUGAGAAUUAAUUUGAAGAUAAAGUAACACAACAUAUCUUUACAAGUAUAGGGAAUACAUUGAAGUGGAGUUUUAAGAACAUUUUCUAUGUGAAGUAUAUUUAUUUGUUUUUAAUAUUUAAGCGAUUACACCAUUGAAAAUGUACAAAGACAUUAGUUUUAUUUAUCUCACAUUUUAGUUUUCACUAUUACUGUUUAUUUUUUAAAUAUGUGGCACAUAAUUCACUUCUAAUUAAAUAAACAAAUAUACUGACGCUGUCUGAACUAGGAUGGCACGCGAAGUUUAAUAUUGACGAUAUUAAAAAAUGUAAUGGGAGAGAUGGAAUGAAAGUAAGAAAGUUUUGUACAAUACACAAAAUGUUAUAAUCAUGCUGAAAAAAGAUACUUAUGAUUUAAGUUGAACUAGACAUUACACGGCAUUAGAUCUGGGCUGAUAAUAAAGCCUCAUUAAUGCAAGGGAAUAUUAAAAUAGCAGUAAGAUAUUGAUUCAAUAAUAACACAGAACGUAUGAAAAAAAAAUAUUAAAUUCUAGGAUAAGAUAUGUUUUACUGCAAACAAUGCAAAACUUUAAGGUCCUUACAUUUUUACUAUAACGAAUCAUCUAACUGAGAUUCCUUCCCGCAAAUGGAAUCAAUUUCAAUAAUCUUUUAGAACAAUAAUCGAAACAAUAACUAUAUUAAAAAGCCUUGGAAACCAGUAAUGUACAACCAAGAGAUAGGAUAAUGUAAUUUAUAAUUGUGUAUCGAUGUCGCACGCCAGAGGACAAUUAUUAUGUAUUUUUCGAAUCAUUAAUACAUCGAUAAAAUGAUUACGUUGUGACAAGAAUUUUUAUUUUUGUGAGAUAUGUGUCAUUCGAGGGAUAUGUUUUUACAUGAUUUUAGUAAAUUAUAAAUCAGUAUUAUUAAUGAAAAAUUAAUAAAGAAAAAACAAAGAAAAAACAAAGUAAGAAAAGAAAACAAUUCGCAUACAAAAUGGAAUAUUCAAUUUUCGUAUAUAUAUAUAUAUAUAUAUAUAUAUAUAUAUAUAUAUAUAUAUAUAUAUAUAUAUAUAUAUAUAUUUAUAUAUAUAUAUAUCUCAUUAAUUUAUAAUUAGCCAAUACAUACGUGAGAUAUGUUUUAUCAUUUGUCUGUAUUAAUGAUUCUGACAUUAGGCUUACAAGUGAUAUAAAUGUAAUAUUAUUCUCGAAAGUAUGAAAAAAGGACCUUAUAUUAUCAAUAAUAUUUAUUGCAGUUAUAUAUUUAAGUAUAUAGUUUAGGAGGUUAUAUCUAUACCACUUAUAGUUGGAUCAUUUAAUUCUUAGUUUUUGACUAUGUAAAAAUUAAGUAACUUUUUAUUAUAAUUUCAUAAUAGUACAUAUUUCUUUGAGCAUACAUAUAAAAAUGAUUUGAUGGUUUUGAUUCGUCAAUGCAACUUUACAAAGGCAGCAUGUGAACAUAAUUAUCAAAGUAGUAUAGUGGAAUGUAUGCGAAAUUGCAUAGAAGAAAAGAGAAACGUCUUAUUCGUGUUGUUGAAGAUGUAAACGGGAACCAAAAUGUGUGUACGCAGAAAUAAUUAGUCGGGUAUUACGAAUCAACAAUUUUUGAAUUGUAACGAGACCAUCUAUUAGUUUUAAGUCGACCUAUGCACGAAAAGCAGCUACAACUGUAAUCAAAGCGCAAGUAAAUACCAAAAAAGAAAAAAGAAAAAAAAAAGAGAAAAAGAAACAAAAAAGAAGAGAAAGACUUUGGAAAUAGGAAGGAAGCAAUUAAGACGGACAUAUAAUAGAAAUAAUGAAAUCUAUUAAUAUGUAAUAGGAACAAUUUUCAAAUUGACAACCAUUAAGUCCGAUUCCGUGUACACGUCCCUCUCUAUAUGAAUUUUCUUGCGAUAAAAAUAACCAAGGUCUGACAAAAUCGAUAUUUUCCUGCGCCUAUUAAGGAACUAGCCUCCAUUUGUAAAUAUACCUCAUUAACUUAUCCGUAGGAUCAUUUCUCAUAUUGUCUGUGAACGCAGACAAGAACGCUUAAUAAUUUGUAAUUUUUAUCUCGUAAGAGAUUGGAUAGAAAUAGGAUAUUUGUUGUACUUUUCAUGAUGAUCAUCGUUUUUAAGUCAAUAUUGCAAAAUAUUAUUGUAACAAGUAAUCAGGCAAAAAUUUCAUUGGAAAAAAAAAAGAAAAAAAGAAAAAAAGAAAUUCGAUUUUAUAAUAGCUCGAAAGAUUAUCUCAUUCUGAUUUAAACGAAUAUUUUAAACGAUUAUUAGGCCAUCGAUAAAACUAUAAGCGAAAAAAAGUAAAAAAGAAAAAAAGAAAAAAAAGAAAAGAAUAAAAAAAAGAAAAAAAUAGAACGGGA